CAACGGCACGUGGCCCAAUCCACGUCCGGAUGGAGGACCCAUUGAAAGGCUAAUGGUUAUAAAAGGGUGGGAGGAUCUCUUCUACCGUAGUAGCAGAUCAGAUCGGAAGAGAUGUCUUACUUCGAUAGGAGAAGAGGAGAAGGAGGUGGCGACGAUGUUGAUGAGUUUGAUGCGUUCGAUCCGACCCCAUACGGAGGAGGUUACGAUAUAGUCAUCAACUACGGGCAACCCAUACAUCCAUGUGAGGAGACCUGCUACCCCAUCGACUACCAACGCCCCGAAUCCUCUUCCUACUCUCAAACUUCUUCAGCUUACGGAGAUGACUACAGCCACGACGAUCGCUACGGUUUUUCUCAGCCUAAGCCCUCCCAUGGCUAUCAUCCUCAACCUCAGCAGCAAGGAUCUGACGAUUUUGGCUUCCAACCCGGGAUGAACACCUCUGCCUACGGAUACAGUGGGAAGCCCCAACGCCGGGAGGACGAUCCUCCUCCUUCUUCGUUUGAGUAUGGCCUCGGUUCGGAUCCUCCCAACCGUUAUGGGGAUGAUUAUCCUCCUCCCAAACGGGAUGGCGAUCUGGGUUCGGAUCCUCCCAGCCGUUAUGGGGAGGAUUAUCAUCCUCCCAAACGGGUGGACGAUCUGGAUUCGGAUCAUCCCAGCCGUUAUGGGCAGGAUUAUCCUCCUCCCAAACGUGUGGACGAUCUGGAUUCGGAACGUCCCAGCCGUUAUGGGGAGGAUUAUCCUCCUCGGAGGAGGACCGAGACGCCUGAUUACGAGCCCCCGUCUUUAGAAAGGCCUGAUUACGAGCGCCCAUCUUACAAACAGCCUGAUUACGAGCGCCCAUCUUACCAACAGUCUGAUUACCAGAAGCCCAGCUAUGAGCAGUACGGGGAGGAGGAGCCUCCUCCGAGACCUACUUACGGGAGGCCCACUUAUGAGCGACCUGGAGAGGAGGAUGAACCUCGAAGGCCUGCUUAUGGGAGAUCUGGAUAUGAGCAGAAGCAGGAGGAGGAGGAGCCGCCUCGAAGGCCUGCUUACGGGAGAUCUGGAUACGAGCAGGAGGAGGAGCCGCCUCGCAGGUUUCAGGAGUCCAGUUACAAUAAUCCUGGUCAGGAAGAAGGGUAUGGAAGUCGCCCUAAAUAUGGUGAUAACUCUGAUGAUGAGGAAAAGAAGCGCCACCAUCACAAGCACCACCACCGCAAGUAUGAUGAUGACGAGUGACCAGAUCAUUCGCUCUUAUGGUUGGCAUGGCCCAAUGGCCCCCAUAGAACUAGCUAAAUAAGGGGGGCAAGUGGUCCUUAGUUCCGUGUGUUUUGUUUAUGAUGUGUGUCUUCUUACCUAUGGAGCCAGUUCAACUUUUUAUCUGUGGAAAUGUGUGCUUUGAAUAAAUCCUAAACACUGCAUUGUUAUGCUUGGAUGAGCUUCCUUAACUACAUCACUCUUUUUUAUAUUAUAUAUACGGACUCGUAGAAUUGAAA